GAGGCGGCGCGCGCCUCGCCUGCCGGAGGGGUCUGUGCAUCUGCGGGCGAUCCCGGGCGCCCCGCGCCGCCACAGCGCUCCGCCCGAGGCGCGCCGGGGACACGCCGGGAGUCCGGGUCUCUGCCGGUUCCCGAGCGGCCCGUCCUCCCGCAGACCCUCCGCCUCCUGCCAGCCCUCGCGCUUCCAAGUCGGGCCCCGCUCUCUGCGGCUCUUAGAGGCGGCGGCGAAGGAAGGUAGGACGGUCGUCUUUGCCGUGGAUGUUCCCGCCUGCGAAGGACGGCAAGUUGUGUGCGCGCCCGGGACCCGGGGGAGAAGGUGGCCGCCGCCCGCCAGCCAUGGACCAUCAUCCUUAAGUGCAGAGGAUGGGAACUUGAUGCCAACUAAAGUGAAGUGAAGAUCCAUUCUGCUAAUAGACACUCCUGCAUUACAGAACUGUGGAUUACCUGCAGAUCCCUGGUGAUCACACACCUUCAUUCACUCCUGCAGUCCCAGAACAUUUGCCUGAGGUCCUCAUUGCCCUAUCUGGUGAAAGAUGGCAUCCAGUCUGACUUGUACCGGAGUGAUCUGGGCUUUGCUCUCUUUUCUUUGUGCUGCCACCUCCUGUGUGGGGUUCUUUAUGCCUUACUGGCUCUGGGGAUCACAGCUGGGCAAGCCUGUGUCCUUCGGUACCUUCCGGAGGUGCUCGUACCCCGUUCACGAUGAGAGUCGGCAGAUGAUGGUGAUGGUGGAGGAGUGUGGGCGCUAUGCCUCCUUUCAGGGCAUCCCCAGCGCGGAGUGGAGGAUCUGUACCAUAGUCACCGGCCUGGGUUGUGGCCUCCUCCUCCUGGUGGCGCUCACUGCCCUCAUGGGUUGCUGCGUGUCUGAGCUCAUCUCCAGGACAGUGGGAAGAGUGGCUGGAGGAAUUCAGUUUCUGGGGGGCUUGUUGAUCGGUGCUGGAUGCGCCCUCUACCCGCUGGGCUGGGACAGUGAGGAAGUCCGGCAGACUUGCGGCUACAUUUCUGGCCAGUUCGAUCUGGGUAAGUGUGAAAUCGGCUGGGCCUACUACUGCACGGGAGCAGGGGCCGCCGCCGCCAUGCUGCUGUGCACGUGGCUGGCUUGCUUUUCCGGCAAGAAGCAGAAGCACUACCCGUACUGAGAGGGAGCCCCCAAGAGCAGAUGGAGGAGAAGAUGGCCCAAAGUGGCUUGAAUGGGGCCGAAGCAUCCAGCUACUUUCAAAAGGUGGAAUAGUGGUUCUAAUCCAAUGCAAUGCUAAUGAAAUGAAACCCAAUAAAACCAGGAACAUUAUACAGGCAGGAGGGGUGGGGGAGAUUUGUGAAAACAAUGAAACGUAUGGAAUGACAGAGAAAAAUGGACCAAAGGCUAAAAAUAUUUCAGGGUGUUGGGUGUUUCUAUUCCACAGAGUAUUGUUAACGUUUAACAAACACACACACACACAACGAAUCUAUAUAUGCAAACAAGGGUUUUGUUUGUGUUCUUAGUGUUUUCUUUAAAGGUAAGGACUCAGAAAAUCAAAAGGGCUAGUAGAAACAGUGUCAUGUUGGGAAGCAGGCUCCCCUGCAGCUGUUCCCUGUAGGUCAUGGCACUCCUGAAAGCACACAAGCACACAGACACACGCGUCCACACACGCGCCCACGCACAAACGUGGAUUGUCGCACAGACCGUACGGGAGGUUUGGUGGUGCCAUUAUUCCUCUGUUUUUUUUUUUAAUAUACAUUUAAAAUACAGUAUUAUCACUUCAUAAAGCAUACAUUAAGCCUAAUACAUGGACCAAUAAGCCACUCUAUCAGUAUUUUGUAUAUCCUGCAUAAGCUCCUUACACCCUCUACACGUUUUCAGUGUUUAUGCAAACCUUUAGAGUUAAGCCUUUGUAUUUCAAUGUUAUUCAAAGAUAUGCAAUAUUUCUCUGACUAGCUUCUGCUAUGAUAUUCUUGUGAAGUAAGAAGGACAACCUUCUGUCCACUGUUAGGAGAGAAUUCAGCUGCAGACAUGAGAGGGAUAAGAGACAUUUUCCAGGCAUUGGAUCUUGUUUUCUUUUGUCCAUUAUUGUUCUGUGCUGUACCACGUUGAUUUCAAUAUUCAUUUUGUAAAAAACUACAAAGUGCUAUUUUGUUUGUAUUUGAAAAGCUCUGUGAAUAAAUUCUCUGUUUGAUCAAUA